AUAUAUAUAGAUAAUGUAUAACAUGAAACAUUUGUGAAUACAUAGAACUGUGAUCUAACCGUGUUAGUAGCCAUUUCGCUUUUCUUGGAGUUAGGAUUGGCAAAGAAACAUACAAUGGCAAAUAAAUUAUUGCUAUCAUAUCUACGACAAAAUACUUCAAUGUGUGUUCGUGGAUUAUCAGCAAUGCCAGAAUUUCCUAACAAAAUUGGUAAUAGAGAUGUAGUAGGUAAUGGAUGGAAUGGUGAAGAAGCUUACUUAGAUCGAAGUGAUUUUCCUUUGCCUGCAAUUCGUUUCAAAGCAAAUACUCCAGAUAUAAUGGCAUUACGAGAAAAAGAAAAAGGUGAUUGGAAAAAAUUAUCAAUAGAAGAAAAAAAAAUAUUAUAUCGAGCUAGUUUUCGUCAAACAUUUAGUGAAUUUUUAGCUCCAACAGGAGAAUGGAGAGGACAUAUUGGAAUAGCACUUAUAGGUGUAUCUUUUAGUCUUUUGACAUAUAUAUUACUCAAAAUUUAUGCAUUCCCACCAUUACCAGAAUCAUUUAAUGAAGAAAACAGACUUGCACAACUGGAACGUAUGAAAUUACUUCAAGUCAAUCCUAUUGCUGGAAUUAGUUCAAAAAAUUAGUUCAAAAAAAUGUUUUUAAAGCAUAGCAAAAAGUACAGUCUACUAUACAUUAACAGUUCUUUAAUAUAAACUUCUAUAUAAGGUUAGUAAGAAAGACCUUUAAUAAAUUGAAUAUCUCUCUUGAGAUAUAAAAUAAUUUUAUUAUGUAA